CCUGCCCAUUAGAAAUGAAUUAUUAUCAACACAUUUACACAUACACUUCAAUCUUACCAACAGCCUUACCAGAGAAACAUCAUUAUGAUCAUCUUAAUGCUUCUACUGGGUGCUUUACUACCCCAUUUGACCCUAACAGGAUAUGCGAAUGUAGGAAUAAUAAAUGGCACAAAGGCAAAACCACAUUCCAGACCCUACAUGGUUUCGGUUCAGAAAAAUGGGAACCACUCCUGUGGUGGCUUUCUUGUGUCUGAACAGUUUGUCAUUACAGCUGCGCACUGCUUAGAAAAAGGAGACAAACUGAAGGUUGUGGUUGGAGCUCAUGAGCUCAACCGCAAAUCUGACCCUAUAGCUGUGAAGUUUUACCACAUCCAUCCCGGUUAUGACUCUAAAGAGCUGCUAAAUGACAUCAUGAUACUUCAGCUCAAUAAAACCAUUAAAUACACCAAAACCAUCAAAUCAAUCCCCAUCCCAAAAAAAGACAUAAACAUCAAGGCCAAUUCCAAAUGCAGUGUUGCAGGGUGGGGUGCACAGAAGACCAGUGGUUCUGCAAGUGAACAACUUAUGGAGGUUAAUGUCACCAUCAUUGACAACAAAAAAUGUCAGAAGAAAUGGGAUAAACAAACAACCUCAUGGAUAUGUACAUUUGGUAAAGGAGGAUUUUGCCAGGGAGAUUCUGGAGGUCCUUUGGUGUGUGACGGCACUGCAGUCGGUGUCGUUUCAUUCAACGAGAAGAACAACUGCGACAAACCAAACCUUCCAAACGUCUACACCAGGAUUUCUAAAUUUUUGACCUGGAUAAAUGCUAUACUUAAAGGUGUAAAGCAAGAUUAUGAUUGUACUUUUGGAGCUGAUAUCAUCAAUGGGAAAAAAGCAAAGAAGAACUCGCUGCUGUACAUGGCAUCGAUACAGGUUGACGGGAAACACAAUUGCGGAGGAUUCCUGAUCGAUCCGAGCUACGUACUCACAGCUGCGCACUGCGAUAAGAGUGGCAACAUGACUGUGAUACUGGGGACACACAACAUCGAUCCAAAGGGGGCCAAUCUGAGAAGAUAUGCGGUGCAAAAAAAACAUAAGCAUCCUUCAUUCAAAGAAGCAAAACACGGAAAUGACAUCAUGCUUUUGAAGCUCUCCAAGAAACUGAAGCUGAGCAAAGCUAUGAAAACGAUCAAAAUUCUGAGCAAGGACAAACCGGUGAAGCCGAAUACAAAGUGCAUUGUAGCAGGAUGGGGUAAAACUGAAAAGCAGAAAGUGGUCAGUGAUCUUCUAGUGACUGAUGUGUCGACUGUCAAUUUCACCGUCUGCCAAAAGAUGUGGAAAGAAAUCAAGGUGAAACUUCCUGACAACAUCUUCUGCGCUGGAGGUUUCAAUACUAAAAGUGGCGCAUGCCAGGGCGAUUCUGGGGGACCGUUGGUGUGCAGUGGGGUGGCCCUCGGCAUUGUCUCAUUUAACAUGGGUCGGUGUGACUACACAAAUGUUCCCAACAUUUAUACCCAGAUUUCCAAAUUUUCACCCUGGAUCAAGAAAGUGAUUAAUGGAGGUGCUUAAUGUUAUUGGCCUGUUGAUUGUAUUCUUGUGUAUUAACUCGAUUUAAAGUAGCUUCUUACUUUGGCUAAGUCGGGGAUGAAGAUGAAAAAUAACAAUGAAUCACUGACUAUUGUACUUGCUUAAUAACGCUACAUUAUUACAAUCCUACAGACAAUUUUUUAUAGUUUCUAUCGCUAAUGUACACGUUAAUAACAAUUUGCAUUAAUACCAUGUAUAUAUUUGAUUUUUUUAAUUUCUCUCUUUUUUAUUGUUUUUACCAUUCGUUUCAAAAUCUAUUUUUGUGAAGUAGCACUGCAACAAUGCAAAACUGUAAAAAGUGAAAUACAUUUGAAUUAAACUGUCUGCUUUGCAUUUCUCUCU